CAAGCGCGGCCGCCCGAGGAGGUCGAACGGGCGUCGUUGUCCAGGUCGGCCAUGGCUGAGGCGUCGCGGUGGCACCGAGGCGGUGAGGGGUAAUCCUAGGGAGUUGUAGGCAGGGCCGAUUCGGCAGUGACAAGUACGGUGGAAGGAACUAUGUAGCCCCGUAUCUCUUCAUGAAAGACAGCACGUUUAGCCCUCCCAGUCUCCCCUUGAGAAUGGGUGGACAGGGGUCCCGUUUCACAGAUGGGAAAACUGAAGCCAUGAGGCGAUAUGGCACCCGCCCCUUGCCCGAGGCUCGAGCCGGGGUUUGUUACUCGAUGCGCAGAUACCGUCACUAGGCCAUUCGGCGAAGUCCGUCUUUGAUCUAGGGAACAUUUCCUCCGUAGAAGGACCCCAGGUCGAGUCCUUUUCCCCCUCCAGCAGAAGCCAGCCUUCCCAAGAAGCAAUAUAGAAGGGACUCCGAAACCUAACCUGCAUUACAGUAAGGAAGUAGAAAUUAGAACCACACUUCAGGAAUUGGCACUCUACUUUAUUUUUUUAAUAAACCUAUGUAUAUUGACUUUUGGGAUGGUAAACCCACAUAUGUAUUACUUAAACAAAGUUAUGUCAUCUCUAUUUUUGGACACUUCUGCGCCUGGUGAUGAAAGAACCAACUUUAAGUCUAUUCGCAGCAUAACUGAUUUUUGGAAGUUUAUGGAAGGACCCCUUUUGGAAGGUCUGUACUGGGACGCAUGGUACACUAACAAGACGUUGUAUGAUUUAAAGAACAGCAGUCGUAUCUACUAUGAGAACAUACUCUUAGGAGUCCCCAGAGUCCGUCAACUAAAAGUCCGCAACAACACAUGCAAGGUCUAUUCAUCCCUUCAGUCUUUGAUGGAUGAAUGUUAUGACAGAUACACUUCUAAAAAUGAAGACCUGGCUGAUUUUGGCCUUCAAGUGGAAACUGAAUGGAAGUACUCUCCUCCUGAUAGUACCUCCCCUUGGCACUGGGGAUUUGUUGGUGUUUACCGAAAUGGGGGAUUUAUUUUCACUUUAUCAAAAUCAAAAUCUGAAACGAAAAACAAGUUCAUUGACCUUCAACUGAACAGCUGGAUCACAAGAGGGACGAGAGUUAUUUUUAUUGAUUUUUCAUUAUACAAUGCUAAUGUAAACCUGUUUUGCAUUAUCAGACUGGUGGCAGAAUUCCCUGCAACUGGAGGAAUAAUUACUUCAUGGCAGUUUUACUCUGUGAAGCUCCUCAGAUAUGUUAGCUACUAUGAUUAUAUUAUUGCUUCCUGUGAGAUCACAUUUUGUAUUUUUCUUAUUGUCUUCACAACACAAGAAGGCCAAAAAAUAAGAGAAUUUAAGUCUGCUUAUUUCAAAAGUGUCUGGAACUGGCUAGAAUUACUACUUUUGGUGUUAUGUUUUUUGACUGUUUCCUUCAACAUAUACUGUAACGUACAAAUUUUUCUCUUACUUGGAGACCUGUUAAAAAAUACCGAUCAAUAUUCAGACUUCUAUUUUCUUGCAUACUGGCACACUUACUACAACAAUAUAAUUGCUGUCACCAUCUUUUUUGCAUGGAUAAAGAUAUUCAAAUUCAUAAGUUUUAAUAAGACAAUGUCUCAGCUGUCAUCAACCUUGUCCCGCUGUAUCAAAGACAUAGUAGGAUUUGCCAUCAUGUUUUUUAUAAUAUUCUUUGCUUAUGCUCAGUUAGGAUUUCUUGUUUUUGGAUCACAAGUUGACGACUUUUCCACUUUUCAAAAUGCCAUAUUUGCACAAUUUCGAAUUGUUCUUGGAGAUUUCAAUUUUGCUGGUAUUCAGCAAGCCAAUCGUAUCCUGGGACCCAUUUACUUCAUCACUUUCAUCUUUUUUGUGUUCUUUGUCCUGCUGAACAUGUUCUUGGCAAUUAUUAAUGAUACAUAUUCUGAAGUGAAAGCUGAUUAUUCAAUAGGCAGAAGGCCAGAUUUUGAACUUGGUAAAAUGAUAAAAAAGAGUUACAACAAUGCUCUUGAAAAACUGAGACUAAAGAAACCGGAAGAGUAUGAAGACAAGAAAAAUGAGAAAGGCGGAGAUUUGGUUGAGCGAGCCAGAAGAGAAGGCUUUGAUGAAAAUGAGAUUGAAAGUGCAAAGCAGAUGAAAAAGUGGAAAGACAGGCUUGAGAAAAAGUAUUAUUCUGCAGAAAUUCAAGAUGACUACCAGCCAGUCACUCAACAGGAAUUUCGAGAACUCUUUUUAUAUGCCGUGGAGCUGGAGAAAGAAUUACACUAUGUCAGUCUAAAACUAAACCGAGUGAUGAGAAAGAUUUCAACUCUACCAGCUUGAGAGAUGUGCAGUCAUUCUGUAAGAAAAAGGCAACCGAAGAAUUCAAUGUGAAGAUGUUCCUCUCAAUUUUCUUCAGUAAUUAAAAAAAAUAAUAAAAAUAAAGUUGGUGAUAACAAAAA